GUGGGUUUGUGACGUCAUACAGGAAGUGGACAGCGCAAACUGUGGGAAGCUGGUGUGAAAAGUCGCUCGUAAACUCAGGACAUCCUUACGGUAUCUCAGAUUCAAAGGAAACCACCUUCCCGAAAAGAAGAAAUGUGUGCUUUUGAUAAGGAAAAGGGACCAAGGAGAUUGAUGCGAAAAGGUUUAGCGCUCAUCCUGGUGGGCCAUAUUAACUUCAUCCUUGGUGCUAUAGUCCACGGCAGUGUCCUGCGACACAUUUCUAAACCAAGCCAAGAAAUCACCACAGAAUACACAGCAGUUAACAUAAUUUCUGUCACCUCAGGUCUGCUGAGCAUUGCAACUGGGAUCAUCGCCAUUGUGGUGUCGAGGAACCUUCGUAUGUUUAAGUUGCACGUUGGACUUCUGCUAGCCUCGUUCCUGAAUGCCCUACUGUCAGCAGCGUGCUGCGUCGGCCUCCUCAUGGCCAUCGGUGUGACGGUCUCUCACAAUGGUCAGGGCCUGAUGCGAGGGUGUAACGACACAGUGGUGCCUGCCAACGCUCGCUCUCCCGUCAGCGCACAAUGCCCGUUCGACACUACACGCAUUUAUGACACCACCCUGGCGAUAUGGUUCCCCAGUGCUGUGUUGGCAGCAGCAGAGUGUGGCCUGUCUGUGUGGUGUUUCAUCGUAGGACUGACUCUCAGGGGCCUGCUGGCCUGUGGAAAGACCUACUACAAAGAACAGUUGGAGGAAGGGGUGGAGAGCUCGCCGCACAGCACACGCUUGAUUGGCCAGAAUGUCAACCCUGAUGCCUGAGGGAAGAAAAAUGCUGGAAGUACGACACUCCAUUCUUUCAUGUCCUUAAAUCUUGAAGUAGUUAGAGAGUUUUUAGUUGAGUGGCCUGAUUCAUUUCGUUCAACCUGACCAAGAGUAAAUGCAUUCAAAGUUUUUGAGCCACAGUGUUGAUGGAGUCACAGUAGGACCACUUUUAAGUGUGUAGCACGUUUGCUUUGACUUGUCAAUAUCAUUUUUGUGCUGAAAGGCCUGUUCAGUAUGAAGGAAACUAUCCAGCCCUCCAUCCAUCCAUUUUCCGAGCCGCUUAUCCUAUUGUACUUUUUUAUUCAUGUUUAAAUAUUCUUUUAUUAGCCUUGUUCGAAUUUUGACAUUUAGAUAUAUAUGUUUAGACCAUGCUGUUGUAUUUUUGGUGGACAUUUUGAAACACCCCUUAAAUACAAUGCCAUUGAGGAUUGUAUACCUCAUGUAUGACUUAGUGUAUUUCUUUUAUAAUGCAGUAUAUUAUGUUUUACUGACUAAUGUUUCAUUCCUUUAUGGACCACACUGACACAAUUUUUGUGAUAAAGGGCAAGUCAACUCAAAUAUUUUCUUCCCAAUCAUAUGUUCUAUGAACCUCCACUAGUUUAAACAUGGCAUUCUGAUUAAUAUAGCAUUUGUGGAAUAUGAAUUAAGCAGGAAAAUCAACCCGUUUUUCGCCAUCUUAGGAGGCGGCCAUUUGCCAUUUUCGAUUGGUGGAAAAUUACCUCACAGCUCACAGGUUACAGCCAAUCAUGGCUCAGCGUCUGAAAACGGGUGAGCUGUGAUUGGUUGUUACCUGAACCCUGAGCAACUGUGAUGUCAUUUCAGUUGACAGCAAGUGGCAAAAUGGCUGGUCCCCUGAGAUGGACAAAAACGAGCAAAUGUUCCUGCUUAACUCAUAUCCUCAACCCCAUUAUUAAUCAGAAUGCCAUAUUUAGACUAGUUGGGUUCCAUGCGACGCAUUAUUGCAAAGACAAUUUUGGAGUUGACGUCCCCUUAAAAAUAGCUUGCACCCAUUAAGAUGCAGUGAUUGGAAAUACAUAAUUCCCUUGGAAGUUAAGUUAAAGAGAAACUCAUGUUAUUGUUCAAUAUGUAACCCGAGGGGUGUUGACCACAAAAUUGCUGGGUCUGUUUAAAAGCAAAGGGAAAGAAAUACACUGAAAGACAGGGUUACAUAUUGGAGCUCUGACAUUUGGAUGGUCAAAUACAAGUAAAAAGAUUUCUCUUUAGCCUGCAAAGAGUUGAAUUUGUCCAUGAGCAAAUAUAGUGUUAUGACGUCGAAGACAUUUGAGUACUCGCUGAACACUAUUUUUCAUGUUAAGAGGUUCAACCAGAAUGUGGGCCAGCAGUCUUAGCAUUCACAGACCACACACACACACACACACACACACACACACACACACACACACACACACACACACACACACACACACAUACAUCCCAGUGACAGAGAGGAUCACAUCACAUCAGCCAUGAAACGGUUAAUCUAGUGCUGUGCUCAAUCGUGUGGAAGGGAAUCAUAGCACGCAGCACUAAUCCUGACUGUGUGAGGGAUAAAUAUUGACAUUGUGCUGCCUGAUACAAUCACUCAGUGAUCAGUCUGUGAGGCCCGUGCCAUCAGGCUCAAUUUGGGGUCACCACAUAGCUGUUUCUCCAUGAAAACACAAGCACUAAUGAGGAUGUGGUCCUUGUACUAUCAGGACGAAUGGCUCCAAUAUGACCGGUGCCUUGUAAAUAUUUUCCAUCAAUUUCAGCUCCUGAAAAUUCGCAUUUCCUUCGUGUUUGAAAUGUUUUUUUUUAAUAACCUGCAAUGACCAAGUUAGCAGGCAAAUCCAAAAUGUAUUAUGUACUGUCCAUUAAUUUCGAAAUUGAUUUGCUCCGCUGACCUGAUUUCAAGUUGUUGACAAGCAAAGAGAAAUAUGUCAAGAUAUUUUUAUUUGUAUCAAGACAUUUACAUUGUUGCUUCCAGGCCAAGGGCAGCUCCUAUUGUAUCAUUUCAAUUAAAAAAAAAAAAAAAACAUUG